CCUAUCAUUUUUUCUUUCGUGAAGAAGUGGAUUUUUCCCAAGUUCCAAUCUCUUAUUAUUAUUCACUACUCCGGCCGUUUUGGGAGGUCAAUUGCAUUCGUACACAUUAUUCGUUACAUCCUCUCGCCCUUUCAUCCUCCCGAAGGCAGGCGUGUUGCAAAGUGGCGGCUAAAGCGUAACCCCUCAUUCAGCAAGAUCCUCGUGCCAAUUCAUCUACUUAGUACAGUAAAUUUACGAGUACUUCCCGUCCCCCACACUUGCACUUGCACCUGCACUUUCCCCAGCCCAGCCCAGGUCCCAGGCACAUCGUUGACCUCGGUCAAACCUUCUAGCCACCGGAAAACCACCACAGCAGCUGCUUCGCUCCUUCCUCCCCAGCAGAACUCCAUACCCGCGUCGCAACUGCCUCCUACAAAUUCUCGUGCUGUGCUUUGCUUUGCUGCGCUCAUAAGGUGAGCUUUGCCCAGCGCCGCUGCCACCAUGAAUGCCACUCGCAUUUCGCUCUCUUCCCUCUCUCGCUCCGCCUUCCUCAGACCUUCAAACUCCUUCGUCGCAUCCUCGGUCUCACGCAAGUCGGCCAGCUUCGGUCCAGCAUUAGUACACAGCAGACGCACCAUGGCGAGCUUCAACAAGAUCAAGGUCAAGAACCCAGUGGUGGAAUUGGAUGGAGAUGAGAUGACUAGAAUUAUCUGGAAGGACAUCAAGGACAAAUUCAUCCACCCAUAUCUUGACAUCGACUUGAAGUACUAUGAUUUGGGCUUGGAGUACAGAGAUCAGACCAAUGAUCAGGUCACAAUCGACUCGGCUGAGGCAAUUAAGAAGUACAGCGUGGGUGUGAAGUGUGCUACGAUUACUCCAGACGAGGCCAGAGUCGACGAAUUUAAGUUGAAGCAGAGUAUGUUUUUCUAGCCCUUGCGCCAUGGCGCCAGAAAUCUAUCUUAUGCGGGGUCCCUCGGCUAACAACAUUGCGUAUAGUGUGGUUAUCUCCUAAUGGCACAAUUAGAAAUGCCCUUGGCGGAACCGUUUUUAGAGAACCCAUCGUUAUUCCUCGUAUUCCACGACUUGUACCGGGCUGGAAGAAGCCCAUUAUCAUCGGUCGCCACGCAUUUGGAGAUCAAUACCGCGCAAAGGACAAGGUGAUCACUGGAAAGGGCAAGCUCUCUAUGGUUUUCACCCCCGAGGGAGGUAAGCCAGAAGAGAUUGAGGUCUUCGAGUUCAAGAAUGGUGGUGGUGUUGCGCAGACGCAGUACAACACCGACGAGUCUAUUGAAGGUUUUGCGCAUGCUAGUUUCAAAUUGGCCUUGAGCAAGAGCCUUCCUCUAUAUAUGAGCACCAAGAACACCAUCCUGAAGAAAUAUGAUGGUCGAUUCAAGGAUAUCUUCCAGGAAACCUUUGAGAAGCAUUACCAGAAGGAAUUUGAUGCUAAGAAGAUCUGGUAUGAGCAUCGCUUGAUCGAUGAUAUGGUUGCUCAGAUGAUGAAGAGCUCAGGUGGUUAUAUUAUGGCUUUGAAGAGUAGGCCUUCUUCUAUAUACCCAAUUUGAUUGAAAUGCUGACAAAAUUUAGACUACGAUGGUGAUGUUCAAUCCGAUAUUGUAGCACAAGGAUUUGGUUCUCUCGGUCUCAUGACCAGUGUCCUGAUCACUCCAGAUGGAAAGACAUUUGAGUCUGAAGCCGCCCACGGCACUGUCACUCGCCAUUACCGCGAGCACCAAAAGGGCAAUGAAACCUCAACUAAUCCAAUUGCCUCAAUCUUUGCCUGGACCCGUGGACUGAUCCAACGUGGAACUUUGGAUGAAACACCAGAGGUUGUUGCUUUCGCCGAGAGUUUGGAGCAGGCAUGCAUCGAUACCGUAGACAUCGAUGGAAUCAUGACCAAGGAUCUCGCUCUUGCAUGUGGGAAGACCGGACGUGAGGACUAUGUUACGACAACAGAGUACUUGAACGCCGUUGAGAGAAGAAUGAAGAGCUUGUUGAAGACAAAGUUGUAAAUGAACUUGCUUCAGCAAACUCUCAUAUCACGUCCUAAUCGUCAAGUCGGGUUUACCAAGUCCAUUGGAUGAGGGACUCCCAAAUUUCGAGCCCUGGAUUUUUGAAUAACACCAUCGGAAUUUAUUUUACGGCCUCUGUUGAUGGGUAUGAUGCAGCGAUUGGAUUUUCGACCACUUGUCUUCUUUUUGUAUAGCGCAUUGCAUUGCAUGGUGUGGCAUGGUUUCCCCAUCAUCAUUACAGUACGGUAGGAUACAGAUUUGCGUAUUCAGUCAGUUGUCUUCUCUGCGAGAAAGAUUUGGCAUUUGUACUCGUACAUAGAAAGUGCAUUUACAGA